CAGCACUCAUUGCUUAUCACACUUGCAACGCUCAAAAUGACCACUUCUCAAUCUCUCACAUUUCUCGGCCUCGGGAACAUGGGUUCCGCCCUUGUACAAGCUCUUCUGAAGGCUUCUCACAAAGUGACGAUCUGGAACCGCACGACAGCCCGACCUCAGGUCAAAGUCGCCGUUGAGGCGGGAGCUAUCCUCGAAGCGGAUGUCCAGAAUGCUAUCUCCAUGAACAACAUCAUUAUCAUCUGUCUCCUCGACUACUCCAGCAUCAAAAAUGUAUUGGCUGACAUUCCGACCUCUGCCUUCGAGGGAAAGACCAUUGUUAAUCUGACCAAUGCGGUCAUGGUAACGCCUCAAAUGAUCGGAGGGCCCCAGUCAUUCUUUGUCGUCAGUGGAGAAACCCCCGAAGCAUUCAAGCCCGUCGCCUCAUUCCUUGAACCCCUCGGAAGGCCGGAGUAUCUCGGCACAGCCAUAGAUGCUGCUGCUCGAUACGACCUUGCUGCUCUGUCGUCCAUGUAUGGCAUGUUUAGCGGAAUGUUCGUCGCUAUGGCACUUCUCAAAAAGGGACAUGCGACAGUCGACGAGAAGCUUGAACCUGUUGUGUCAGGCAGCCUGAACCCGUUCCUAGGCGCAUUGAUAUCGUAUAAUGGACUUAUUGCUCGGUCCUGGGAUGACAAGGCGUGGGAUGAUAACCUGGGGAAUCCAAUUGGAAUGCAAGCACAGGCCUUGAAGAAUAUUCUGGAAGCUUGUCGUGAUGAUGGGAUGGAUGAUGGGUUUCUGAAGAACUUGACGAUGGCGAUGGAGGAAGUGGUGAAGGACAGAGGAGAGAAUGGCGGGAUUGCCGUAAUUGGAGAGUAUCUCUUGAACGGACGCUUAACAAAUGAGUAAUGGCUGGUUACUGAGAGCAUUUCAACCCUAACAAUAAAUCCACGAUAACCUGCGACAGAGUUCAUAGAAAACACCAUACAAAUAAAAUAUGGGUCAUUACAGGUAGGGGGCAGAGUUCAUUAAUCUUGGAAAAUCC